UGCGGGUCGGUCGACAGGCAGCAAGCAGGAGGAACAGGAGGAGGAUAUCGGACUAGCGGGGGGAACGCCUCUCAUCGCCGGCCGUCACGCGUCCCGCUCUCCCUGUUCCGGGGGGGGGGGGGGUCCUCGUCGAACGGUCUGUCCGCAGAUGGCCAGCCCCGCGGCAGGUCGAGGUGUCCCGAAGGCUCCGCCGAGGGACGAGUCCGGGACGAACCAUCCCGCCGUGCCAGCUUGUUUGGAGGCGCAGAAAUGGAUAGAGGCUGUUACUGGGAAGAGCUUUGGAGACCAGGACUUCCGCAGCGGAUUGGAGAACGGCAUCCUGUUAUGCGAGCUGCUGAGCGCAAUCAAACCAGGACUGGUCAAGAAGUUUAACAGACUGCCCACCCCCAUCGCCGGACUGGACAACCUGUCAGUGUUUCUGCGCGGCUGCGAGGAGUUGGGCCUCAAGGGCUCCCAGCUGUUUGACCCUGGGGACUUGCAAGACACCUCCAUUCGAGCUAACCUCAAGGACUCGGACUGCAACCGCAAAAUAAAAAACGUGCUGAACACCGUGUUCUGGCUCGGGAAGGCUGCCAGCGGCUGCGCCUCCUACAGCGGCCCCACCCUCAACCUCAAGGAGUUUGAAGGGCUUCUCGCUCAAAUGCAGGUGGAUUGUGAGGAAGGAGGCGACGCUUCACUGAAGCGCGGCGUCAGGGACAGCGGCUACGACUGCUGGGACUCUGAGAGGAGUGAUUCUCUGUCUCCACCGAGGCACACUCGCGACAACUCCCUCGACAGUCUGGACUCCUUUGGCUCCCGCUCACAGCACAGCCCUUCUCCUGACGUGGUGAAUCGAGGCGGCGCCGACGGGCGAGGCAGCGACUCGGAGGCCGACGGUGCCACCAGGAGGCCGGAUGUGCGGAAGGAUGACAUGCUGGCCAGACGGACUGCCAGCGGCGGCGACCCCAGAACCUCCAUCCCCUUCAACCAGUUCCUCCCCAACCGAACCAACGCCAGCUCCUACAUCCCGACCGCGCGCCGAAGGCCACACCCAGAGGAAGGAGAGCAGCGCAGUCGCCCUCGACCGCCGUCAGAGCCGUCGGAGAGAACCGGACUCCUCCUCAAAGCUCCCAAGACUGUCACUUGGGCCCCUGAGAGUACCGGGGAAGGAGUCAAACAGGAGCAGGAGGAGGAGGAGAAGGGGAAUCAGGGAGCGUUGCAGCAGAGGAGGCUGGCGAUGUUGGAGAAGGCAGGGGUCAAAGUUCUGCCUGCUGCCGUUGGCUACAGCAGCCCUUCCGCGCCGGAGGGACGGGAAGUGAGGUCACCGCCGUCAAACAUCAUCCUUCGCUGCGAAAACGACUUUUUAAGCUCCCAGAAAUCUGCGUGGGACUCCUCCUCCUCCUCCUCCUCGGACGCGGACGAGGAGGCCGGGGCGCGUAAGGUUCCCGACGUCCGCAGAGACGACCUGGCGUCCAGGCGAGCCCGUCGCGGCGCCGUGGCUCCCAGGGUGCAUCAGUUUGUCCCCGCGCCGGCGUGUAGCAGCAAAGACCGCGAGCGCUGGGAAGGCAUAAGACGAUCCUCGCAGCAAAAGGAGAAGGAGAUCAGUGAGAAAGACGCAGUGCCUGACAUCAUUAGACGCAGGGACAACCCUUUCCUGAACUCGGCGUCUCGCCCUGAGGACGAGGAGGACGGGGAGGAAGAGGGGGCAGAGGGGACAGUUGAGGCCACGCCGAACAAGCAGAGGGACGACUUGGCUCGUAGGCGGGGCCGGAGCGGGCCCCUCCCUCCGAGGGACGGGCCCGUGAGCCUGGUUCCUGCCUCCAUGAGCGAGGCAGAUGUGCAGAAGUGGCAAAGGCUCAGGAUGACUGAACCAAGCGAGGCCAGCCCGGCCCCCGUGUGCCGAGCUUGUCUGGAGCAAAGUCACGGGAGUCCUUUCAGCGGAUCGGCAAAGGCGGGACGAGGUCACCGCAAAGCGGUGACCUUCGGGGGCGUGAUUGAGAUCGAACAGCCAGUAGACACGGUGACACCAAGGGAAGGGAAGGAGGCGGAGUUGCUAAGACGACUCCUUUUCGAGGCCCCCGUAGCCGUGCCUACCAUUGGCCUGGGCUCCCAGCUUUCAGAGCGGGAACGCAGCCAGGUGGAUGCAGCCGACCUCAACCAAACCGCACCUCCAUCGGCCGAAACCCCGUCUGCCCUCGCUGAGCUGGACGCGCGCCUGGCUCAGUACGAGCUGAGGCGAGACGAGGAAGAUGACGACGAAGAGGACAGGUCUCCGGAUCCCCGGAAAGACGACAUGAUGGCGAGGAGGACAGGAGGUUUCCACAGACAAAGCGGCGCUGCGGUGACUUACAACCGCUUCCUGCCUCUGCCCAGCGCCGCGCGGCGCACACCGGGGGGGGGCGCCACCGACGCCGCUCCCCGUAACAAAAGGGCCGUGCGAGCGGACGGGAGCAGGAGGCCCAACGUCAGAGAGGAGCUACAGCCGCCCAGGGUUGCCAUGGAAACGACGCCUCCACAGCAUCCCGACACGACUGUCACCCGAGCAACGUCUCGCGGCGAAUGUGAAUGUGAAGAUGACGAGGACGAAUGUGGGGGAAAUGAGCCUGCGGCUGACCCGGAGAAGGACGACAUGAUGGCCCGGAGGACCGGGUCGUUCCAAAGAACGGGUUCAACUGCGCCCGUCAACCGCUUCCUGCCGGUCCCUGGGUCAGUAAAAUAUACCAUCGCCCCGGUGUCUGCAAUGAAGCCACUGCACAACAGACCUAAACUCACAGAGAAGAUGGCUAGUGGAAGCAUCGUUACGGUGGCAGCAGAACCUCAGGCUCCGCUCUCCGGCGCCCCGACCCUCCCUAAGGGCGCGGGGCUGAGGGAGAGGCGGGAGGAGGACGCCACGCAAGAGGGAGGCAUGACAAGCCCUCGCAGCCACGUCACAGAUGUGACGGAGCCCCCCCCCUCGCUCACCCCUCCAUCAUCUCCACCCCGGAUCUGUAAAGUGGAGGCGGAGCUGGAAAGGCAGGGUGCGCAGGAAAGGGUUGAGGAGAGAAUGAAGGACGCAAACGGGGGGCCACGAAGGAAAGCCUUCUGGCUGGAUGACGAUGAUCUACCUCCCAUCAUGAUGAGUCGGCGUGUUGCUUUUAUGUCUGAGGACACUGAGAGCGUGAGCAUGAGCGACAUACUUAACGAGGAAGAGGUGGAACACUUACCGCCACUGAGCCAAUCACGGAACGAGCGAAUGCACGAACCGUACAACAACUUUGAGGAGGAUGACGACCACUGGCAAAACGACUUGGCUCGUUGGAAGAAUCGGCGCCGCAGCGCGUCACAGGAACUGAUUAAGAAAGAGGAAGAGAGGAAGAGGAUAGAGAAAAGGAUGAAGGAGGAGGGAAGUGACGGCAACAAGAGGAAAAGCAUUAAGACCUACAAAGAGAUCGUGGAGGAGAAGGAGCGCAGAGAGGCCGAGUUGUGCGACGCCUACAGGAACGCUUCGUCCCCGGAGGAGGCCGCCAUGGUCCUGCAGCGCUACGCCCUUCGCUUCACCAUCAGCGACGCGACACUGGACAGUCUGAAACUGCCCCGAUCCACUGCGAAUCCCAAACAGGACACACCAGAACCACCCGUGGUCAUAAAACCCCACAGGCACCACAAGCCGCGCCAAGUGACGGAGGCGAACGUCGGCGCUCAGCGGGAGACCCCCGGCGACCCGGUCAGUGACUCGCAGAGCGCGGGCCCUCAGUCACCAGAAGCGAAGGAGCCUCGACCCCAGCCGACGCCCACCACGCGACCAAGGCAACCGGCAGCGGGCGGCGCUCACACCGGGCCCACUGGGACGGCGCGGCCUUCCAGCGCGCAGCCCGGACAUGCGGCCCCCUCGCCUCCGCCUGCGGCCAGCAAGCCCGUCCCCCUGCUGGCAGCCAAGCCCUACUGCCCCCCCAGGAGCACUCAGCCCGGGCACAAGGCUGUCAAGAUGGAGGGUUUGGUGCGAGUGAAUGGAGCGACGACGGAGGAUUUAUCCGUUUCCACUCCUCCCACUUCUGCUCUCCACUCACCACCGAAGGCCGAAGACACUCCACCAAAGAUGGCGGAGGAAGACGUUUCCUCUGAGAAGACGCAGAAAGACGUUCUUUCCAAACAGACAGAGAAGGACGUCCUCUUAGAGAAGACACAGAAUGAUGUUUCCUUGGAGGAGACACAGAAAGACGAUCCCUUAGAGAAGACACAGGAGGACGUUUUCUUAGAAAAGACACAGGAAGACGUUCCCUUAGAGAAGACACAGGAAGACGUUCUAUUGGAGAAGACACAGGUAGACGUUCCUUUAGAGGAGACACAGAAAGACGUUCUCUUAGAGGAGACACAGAAAGACGUUCUCUUAGAGGAGACACAGAAAGACGUUCCUUUAGAGGAGUCACAGAAAGACGUUUUCUUAGAGGAGACACAGAAAGACGUUCCUUUAGAGGAGUCACAGAAAGACGUUUUCUUAGAGGAGACACAGAAAGACGUUCCUUUAGAGGAGACACAGAAAGACGUUCUCCUAGAGGAGACACAGAAAGACGUUCCUUUAGAGGAGUCACAGAAAGACGUUUUCUUAGAGGAGACACAGAAAGACGUUCCUUUAGAGGAGACACAGAAAGACGUUCUCUUAGAGGAGACACAGAAAGACGUUCCUUUAGAGGAGACACAGAAAGACGUUCUCUUAGAGGAGACACAGAAAGACGUUCCUAUAGAGGAGACACAGAAAGAUGAUCCUUUAGAGGAGACACAGGAAAGUCUUUCCUCGGAGCCAUUAGAACAGGCAGAGAAAGACGUCCCCGCCAAACAUUCAGAGAAAGACGUCCUCCCCGAACACAUUCCGGCCUCUCGGGAGACGCCGGAGCGGACGCCGCCUCCACAGACGGAGCGAUCGACCACGUCUCUCGGCUCUGCCAUCAGCUCCCUGAUCGGAGGCCGAAACUGUACCGUCACGACAACCAUUGUGACCGAGCUCACCCACGUGGAGCCACACCAGCCGGACAUCCAAAGCAACGCACAGCUCAACGGUACUUCUGGAUUAUCUGAGAGUCGAGUGGAGGAAAAAAAGGCUCCGCCAGCUUCAUCGCCGAGCAGCAUGCAAGAGUGUUCUCCCACAAUCACAGCCACAGAGGGACCGGAGGAGAGCAGUGGGACUAUUGAGACCCCCAUGUUGAACUUGGCUAAACGUGUUAAUCACUGGGUCUGGGACCCCAAUGAGGAACGUAAACGCCUGGAAAGUUGGCAACAGGAGCAGGAGCGCCUCCUACAGGAGCAAUACCAGAGAGAACAGGAGAAGCUGAAGCAGGAGUGGGAGAAAGCACAGGUAGAAGUGCAGGAGGAGGAGAGGAAACACAACGAGGAGGAGAGAAGGAUCCUAGAGGAGACCGGGACGCCCUUAAAUCCAUUGGCUUUGUUGAGCCAGCAGACAAGGACGACUGCAUCACCUCCAGACAACAACGAGGCAGCAAAAUGCGACGUGACUCCGCAACAAAACGGCCAAAGAAGCUCGGCGGGGAGCGAGGAUCAGCAUGCGUCCAAGCUGCACUUUUUCCAGGAAUCUGCAUUUGAUGGUGAACCUUUGAAGAAACAAGAGCUGUGGAAGACGGCCUCUUUGGACCGGAACCCUCAGCUGAACCCGACACAUGUUGCUAAAAGAUCUGAAUCACAGGACGUCGUUACUAACAAACAGCAGCCCUCUACUUCCUCACCUCAGCUUCCCUCACCAAGCAGAUGUGUUAGUGGGAAGAGACUAUGUUCUGGUUGUUCUCAACAACUGGAAAAAGGAGCUGCCAUGAUCAUCGAUACUCUGGGACUGUUUUUCCACAUACAGUGUUUCAAGUGCGGGGUGUGUCACGGGCAGCUCGGCGACGCCACUGCCGGGACUGACGUGCGAAUUCGGAAUGGACUGCUGAGCUGCCAUGAGUGCUACAUUGCAUCUCGGGGCAGAGGUCAGCCCACCACACUAUGAUGACCUGCGUUUGAACUGGACCCCCCCCCCC